AUGCAAGACCUACUCAGAACCGCAGAGAAGCAGCUUGAGCUGGUUUGGGGCCGUGUUUCGGAGGCUGAGAAGCACUGUGAUGAUCAGGCGGUGGAGAUACAGUACCUCAAGAAGUCUAUUUGGGCUCUUCAAGGCCGGGAAAAGCGCUACGAUGAGCUGAAGCAACAGUCGGACGUGCAUACAAAAGAAGAAAUCCGCUCUAUCAUGCGGAUUCUCAUCUCCUGUGGCUGUAAACAGGGAUGGGUUGGUGAAGUCGUGCAAUCAGUGGCGGCGGUCUUCGGGAUCAACCUCGAUAGAGCUUUAAGCCGACGAACCGUGGGCCGAAUCUUACUCGAAUCACUUGUCAUGGGACGAAUGCAAAUGGGUUUUGAACUGCAGCAAAACCAAGACGUCACAAUGAGUAGCGACAGUACUUCACGUCGAAAGCUGAACUACCAGGCACACCACUUACAUAUGAAGGCGGCACUUGGAACCGAUGGUGAAGGCAACAUAGUCUUCUCAGAUAAGCCGGUGAAAUGGUUUGCAGGGGUGUUUUCGACCACUGAUCAUAGCACUGCUACAUCCCAUGCGGCAUGGAUGAACCUCUACAACGAGACGAUGUCAACAUACAAUGCUAGCCCACUGGGAAAACGUACCGGGGCUCUCAAUCUUCGGCUGAUGUGUCGGCGAUUACGAGGCAUGUGCGGCGACCAUGCAAAUAAUGAAAAGGCUCUGUCGGAAGAAAUGAAGAAAACAAAGUACGAGGAGCUGCUGUCCAAGAUGGGGGAGAAGCGACUACGAGAACUUGAUGGUCAGAUUGAGGAAAUUGAAGGGUUGAUGCGUCAAUGGACAGAGAAGAAGAUCGCAGACGCAGGUGGCCAACGCAAAUGGGACAAGUUGACAGCAAGUGAUCGCGCGACACGAGAUCUUGCGACAACGACGGCGAUGAUACAGAGUCUUGGGGUUCAAGAGCUGGCUGAGGUGGACGACUCUGAACGACAUCUAUUGACAGUUUGGGUCUGGACGGGUUGCUGCAUGCACAAGGAUCAGAACUCUUUUAAGGGCGGUAACACAGCAAUGACCGCUCACUGGAAGAUUCUUGGCAUUGACGGCCCAAUCCCGCUUGCAAAUAAAGAGAAUGCGAAGGCCAUCCGCAAGAUCCUCCAUCCAGAACGAGGCGACGCGGAGGUAACUGCAGAAGACUUGAAGAAACUCGAAGAUGUUGCAUUUGGCGGCGCAAAGUUGACUGCACUCGCUGGGGCGAUCUUCAAUAAUGCUAUCGAUAAACGAGGCCAAGGAGAUGCUCACCAACUAUUCCUGGAGUAUCAUCUGGAGCUUGACCGUGUGAAGCGCUUCCCGCAGACCAACAACACACGAUUCGGCAGUCACGGCGAUGCGGCGGUGGAGCUGUUGACCCAUCUCGAAACCUAUCGGCAAUGUGGACGAAUAUCGAAAAAAAAUGUCUAUGAUGGGCUGCACGACCCACCAACACUCACCGAACUUGCUGUUCUUGCAGUGUACCAUAUACUCAUCACCGUUCCAUAUAUGCGAAUUGUCCGACAAGACAGUCAUGUUGCGCUCAACGCAAUUGACCUUGGACCUCUCCAUCGUGACAUUCGCGACCACUGCCAACUCCUCAUCGAAAAUCCCGACCUAAUCCUUGACUUUGACGAGCAGCUGUAUCCGCUCGCAACCUUCGAUGGUCGUGAACCUGCCAACCUGACGGUCUUAAGUCAGAUCAAGGCGUUGUCUGAGAUGGGCACCCUCCCGUACCUUGAGGCAAUGCUCGUCACAUUUCUCGAAGGGGCGAUGGCAACCUGGAUACGAUUUUCGUCCGAGUUCGCGCCAGGUGGCAUAAUCGAUGGCCUGUCAGAGGAUGAAAAGGCACGCAUUUGGCUGCCUGCUACCAAUGACCACAAUGAGGGUGCCCUUGGGAGCUAUGUUGUAUGGGCACGCAACAACGCGACAGGCGCGUUACACACCUUCAAUGGGCUGGCAAUGGCCCAGCGCAAUAAUGUUGAUGCAUUUGCCCAGAACUUCUUGACCAAGGAAGACCACCAUUACAUUCUUGCGGCAGCACGACAGUUGGACCAGGAUGGGCUAGAGAGGCGACGACGAGCAAUGCAGAAGGAGUACAACGCAGCCAUGGUGGUCGAGAAGCAACAGACCCAAGCAAAGAAGGUCGCGCGGGAAGAUGAGAUUACGGCGCAACUGAAUUCGACACCGUUCAUCAAGUCUGUGCAAGAUAUCUAUCGCCCAGAGAUGACCAGAGCUCGACUUGACGACCAGCUCGAGAAGAUGCGCAGGAGAUGGAACACAGACAAAAAGAAUCCAAGGAUGUUUAUGCCAAAAGUAAGCCAUAUUCCGUUACAUAUUGAUAAGCAGGAAGCGUUGGCGGCAGCCUUUCCUCUCCAUGAGGCACUGCUAAGAGAGGACGAGGAAGCAGGGGGUCUGUUUGGCGUGCCACUUCGGGCACUAUCAGAGUCGGAUACUGACAUGGAUGAGGACUUUUGGGACCAAGAAGACCAGGAGAUGGAAGAGCCUGAUGGUUUGGUAUAA